GCCGCUGCCACUGCCGCCGCCGCCGCCUCCGCUCCAGUCGCCUUGGGCUCUUCAAGCUCUCACCGCUUGGGAGAAGCUGUCCUGGCGUCGGCUCCCGCGGGGAAAAUGGUGGAACCGGGGCAAGAUUUGCUACUUGCUGCUUUGAGUGAGAGUGGAAUUAGUCCGAAUGACCUCUUUGAUAUUGAUGGAGAUGUGGGCCUUGCAACUCCAACCCCAACACCUGCACUUCAGCAGUCGGUGCCAUUUGGUGCAUUAGAACUAGGUUUGGAGGCAGAAGCUGCAGUUACUGUUAAACAAGAAACAGAAACGGUACCCACUCCUGCGCUGUUAAAUGUGAGGCAGCAGCCUCCAUCGACUACAACAUUUGUGUUGAAUCAAAUAAAUCAACUUCCAACCCUGGGAUCUACAAUUGUAAUGACUAAAACACCACCUGUAACAACUAACAGGCAGACCAUCACUUUAACAAAAUUUAUCCAGACUACUGCAAACACCCGCCCUUCAGUGUCAGCACCAGCAGUGCGGAACACUGUGACCACUGCACCUUCAAAAGACCAGGUUCAGCUAAAGGAUCUACUAAAAAAUAAUAGUCUGAAUGAACUCAUGAAGCUGAAGCCACCUGCUAAUAUUGUUCAGCCAGUUGCAACAGCAGCUACUGAUGUAAGCAAUGGUACAGUGAAGAAGGAGUCUUCUAAUAAAGAAGUGGCAAGAAUAUGGAUAAAUGACAUGAAAAUGAGGAGUUUUUCCCCAACCAUGAAGGUUCCGGUUGUAAAAGAGGAAGAUGAACCAGAGGAGGAAGAUGAAGAAGAAAUGGGCCAUGCUGAAACCUAUGCAGAGUAUAUGCCAAUAAAAUUAAAAAUUGGCCUGCGUCAUCCAGAUGCUGUAGUGGAAACUAGUUCUUUAUCCAGUGUCACUCCUCCUGAUGUUUGGUAUAAAACAUCCAUCUCUGAAGAAACCAUCGACAGUGGCUGGUUAUCAGCAUUACAGCUUGAGGCAAUUACAUAUGCAGCUCAGCAACAUGAAACAUUCCUACCUAAUGGAGAUCGUGCUGGCUUCUUAAUAGGUGAUGGUGCUGGUGUAGGGAAAGGCAGGACAAUAGCAGGAAUCAUCUAUGAAAAUUAUUUGUUGAGUAGAAAGAGAGCAUUGUGGUUUAGUGUUUCCAAUGACUUAAAGUAUGAUGCUGAAAGAGAUUUGAGGGAUAUUGGAGCAAAAAACAUUUUGGUCCACUCAUUAAAUAAGUUUAAAUAUGGAAAAAUUUCUUCCAAACAUAACGGGAGUGUGAAAAAGGGCGUGAUUUUUGCUACGUAUUCCUCCCUUAUUGGUGAAAGCCAGUCUGGUGGUAAAUAUAAAACUAGAUUAAAACAACUUCUGCAUUGGUGUGGUGAUGACUUCGAUGGAGUGAUAGUGUUUGAUGAAUGUCAUAAAGCAAAAAACUUAUGUCCUGUUGGUUCUUCAAAACCCACGAAGACAGGCUUAGCAGUUUUGGAGCUUCAGAACAAAUUGCCAAAAGCCAGAGUUGUUUAUGCAAGUGCCACUGGUGCUUCGGAACCACGCAACAUGGCCUAUAUGAACCGCCUUGGAAUCUGGGGUGAGGGGACUCCAUUUAGAGAAUUCAGUGAUUUCAUUCAAGCAGUGGAGCGCAGAGGUGUCGGUGCUAUGGAAAUAGUUGCUAUGGAUAUGAAGCUCAGAGGAAUGUAUAUUGCCCGACAGCUGAGUUUUACUGGAGUGACCUUCAAAAUUGAGGAAGUUCUUCUUUCUCAGAACUAUGUUAAAAUGUAUAACAAAGCAGUGAAGCUGUGGGUCAUCGCCAGAGAGCGGUUUCAGCAGGCUGCGGACCUGAUUGAUGCUGAGCAACGAAUGAAGAAGUCCAUGUGGGGUCAGUUUUGGUCUGCACACCAGAGGUUUUUCAAGUACUUGUGCAUAGCAUCCAAAGUUAAGAGGGUUGUGCAGCUAGCCCGGGAGGAAAUCAAGAAUGGAAAAUGUGUUGUAAUUGGUCUGCAGUCUACAGGAGAAGCUAGAACAUUAGAAGCUUUGGAAGAGGGUGGAGGAGAAUUGAAUGAUUUUGUUUCAACUGCCAAAGGAGUGUUGCAGUCACUCAUUGAAAAACACUUCCCUGCUCCAGACAGGAAAAAACUGUAUAGUUUGCUGGGAAUCGAUCUGACAGCUCCAAGUAACAACAGUUCACCAAGAGAUAGCCCUUCUAAAGAAAAUAAAAUGAAGAAACGGAAAGGUGAAGAAAUAACUCGAGAAGCCAAAAAAGCACGAAAAGUUGGUGGCCUCGCAGGUAGCAGUUCUGAUGACAGUGGAAGUGAGUCUGAUGCCUCUGACAUUGAAGAAAGUGACUACGAGAGCUCUAAAAACAUGAGCUCCGGUGAUGACGAUGAUUUCAACCCCUUUCGAGACGAAUCUAGUGAGGGUGAUGAAGAUGAUCCUUGGUUAAUCAGAAAAGACCAUAAGAAAAACAAAGAUAAAAGAAAGAAGAAAAGUAUAGAUCCAGAUUCUAUUCAAAGUGCCUUAUUAGCAUCAGGUCUCGGAUCAAAACGACCUAGUUUUUCAUCUACACCAGUUAUCUCACCUGCUCCUAAUAGUGCACCAGCUAAUAGUAACGCCAGCAGUAACAGCAGCCUUAUAACAAGUCAGGAUGCUGUGGAGAGGGCCCAGCAGAUGAAGAAAGACCUACUUGAGAAACUGGAAAAGUUAGCUGAAGAUCUCCCUCCAAAUACCCUGGAUGAACUUAUUGAUGAGCUGGGUGGCCCUGAGAAUGUGGCUGAGAUGACUGGCCGAAAAGGGCGGGUUGUGAGCAACGACGAUGGAAGCAUAUCUUACGAGUCAAGAUCUGAACUUGAUGUGCCAGUGGAAAUACUAAACAUUACAGAAAAACAAAGGUUUAUGGAUGGCGAUAAGAAUAUUGCUAUCAUCUCAGAAGCUGCCAGCUCGGGUAUUUCCUUACAAGCAGAUCGCAGAGCUAAAAAUCAAAGGCGAAGAGUUCAUAUGACUCUGGAAUUACCCUGGAGCGCUGAUAGAGCAAUUCAACAAUUUGGAAGAACUCACAGAUCAAACCAAGUGACUGCUCCCGAGUAUGUCUUUCUGAUUUCUGAACUGGCGGGAGAACAAAGAUUUGCCUCCAUUGUUGCCAAAAGACUUGAGAGCCUGGGGGCGCUUACACAUGGUGACAGAAGAGCAACAGAAUCUCGAGAUCUGAGCAGAUUCAACUUUGACAAUAAGUAUGGAAGAAAUGCUUUAGAAAUUGUUAUGAAAUCCAUUGUAAAUUUGGAUUCUCCUAUGGUAUCACCACCUCCAGACUAUCCUGGAGAAUUCUUCAAAGAUGUUCGACAAGGACUGAUAGGUGUAGGCCUGAUAAAUGUGGAAGAUCGCUCAGGAAUUCUUACUCUUGAUAAAGAUUAUAACAACAUAGGAAAGUUCUUAAAUAGAAUUCUGGGCAUGGAAGUGCAUCAACAAAAUGCGUUAUUUCAGUAUUUUGCGGACACACUUACUGCAGUUGUUCAGAAUGCCAAAAAAAAUGGACGAUAUGACAUGGGAAUCCUAGAUCUUGGUUCUGGAGAUGAGAAGGUGAGGAAAAGCGAUGUUAAGAAGUUUCUGACUCCGGGGUAUUCGACCUCUGGCCAUGUAGAGUUGUACACUAUCAGUGUAGAGAGGGGGAUGUCCUGGGAGGAAGCGACCAAGAUCUGGGCUGAGCUGACAGGACCAGAUGAUGGCUUCUACUUGUCAUUGCAAAUAAGGAACAACAAGAAAACUGCCAUCUUAGUUAAAGAAGUAAACCCUAAAAAGAAACUUUUCUUAGUUUAUCGACCAAAUACUGGGAAACAGCUCAAAUUAGAAAUUUAUGCUGAUCUCAAAAAGAAGUAUAAGAAGGUAGUCUCAGAUGAUGCCUUUGUGCACUGGUUAGACCAGUAUAAUUCAUCCGCAGAUACUUGUACUCAUGCUUAUUGGCGUGGCAAUUGCAAAAAAGCAAGCUUGGGAUUAGUCUGUGAGAUUGGUCUUCGCUGCCGCACAUAUUACGUCUUAUGCGGCUCUGUCCUGAGUGUGUGGACAAAAGUGGAGGGUGUGCUUGCCUCUGUCAGCGGCACGAAUGUGAAAAUGCAGAUUGUUCGGCUAAGGACAGAAGAUGGACAACGGAUUGUAGGCUUGAUCAUUCCGGCAAAUUGUGUGUCUCCUCUCGUAAAUCUCCUGUCAACGUCAGACCAGUCUCAGCAGCUUGCGGUCCAGCAGAAACAGCUGUGGCAGCAGCAUCACCCACAGAGCAUCGCCAACCUGAGCAACGCCUGAAGGACAGACAGGUGUCAGCACGGGUCUGUCUGAGAUGCUGUGGGAGCGUAUCAUUUGCAUAAAAAUCAGGGACAGUUUCCAAAGAAUUAUAUAUUUUUUUUGGUUGUGCUCUCUAGUUAAUUUUUGGGGGAAUAAGGACAAACCUGGAAUAGGUAGCAAAACUGAAAAUCAGCAGUGCCGAUGGUAGUGUAUGUGUCUUUCCUUUCGCCUCCCUGGGGCUUCUAUUUGGGUGAGCAGAGGGGGAUACACGCGCACAUGCGCGUAUGUGUGUGUAUGUGCGCCUGUGUGUGCGUCGGUCUGUUUGUGUGUUUGUUAAAGGCUACAAACCACAUCUGGUUUAAAAUGCUUGGAACUUCCCAAACUGGCUUUACUUUUCUGUUACACAGUGCUCAGGGUUAAUGCAGUACAUUCAUAUCAUUGCUGGGGGAGCUAUCCCCAGAUGCAUGUGUUGAGUCUAUAAAUAUAGAAACUAUAUAUUGAUUUCUUUUUCCAGCUUAAACAAUAGGUUUACUAAAGCAUGAAAUGAAAGGCUGCAUAUCAUGCAUUCAGGUUCUUCUGUAGUUUUUGUUCUGACAGCGCAUGUCUUUGAAAGCAUGGGUAAACAAGAUUAACACAGACAUCAAGUAUUGGAGAGAAGAUUUGUAGAUGUAUAGCAUUGGUUAUUGCAUUUUUAUAGUGUUUAUACCUGGGUGUUGCUUCUAGCCUUGCAGACCCUUCCCCCUCACUUCCCUGCCCCAGGUUUCUGUCAAGGUAACGAGUACAUACUUUUUGUAAUAAAACUCUUCAAAGUUAAUUUUAAUGUAUUAAUAGUAUUCCUAACGUGUGCUGCAAAAAUGGCUAUAAGCCUGUUUUUCUUAAAAGUUACAUUUUCCUUAACUUAAAGAUAGUUUUAGAAGUACAGUUGGCUUCCAUCUUGCAAACACUCUGUUUUUACUUCAUUUCAUUAUCUGAAGUUUUUGUCACUCAUAAACAGAAAACCGUACUUGAGUUGUAAACUAGAAAUGAGGAAACACUUGAGGCUUCUGCUGUAUGUUUUUUUGUUAUUGUUGUUACCCAGUAACUUGAAUAUUGUUUCAUGUGUUGUAAGACAUUGUAGAGUUUAUCUGAAACUGUUAAAAAUGGUAAUGUACAAAUGUGAAUAGACACUUAUCUGUAACAUGGGUAAGUUGUGUUUUGCCUAUAAUAGAUCUGUAUAAAAACAAGUGAGGGACAGUUGGUCUUUUCCUUUCAUUUUUUUUUUUCUUUGCUUGCACGGGUUGCACUAUUAAAAUUGAGAUUGUAUAAACCUGGUCAAAAACUGCAAGGUACCAAAAUCUUGUAGAUGUUAAAUAAAAAGUUGUCAUCCUAACAAAGUGGACUCGUGCUUAGGUCCUCACGGGGGACUUCAGUUGUAGGCUGGAGGGGACUGCAGGGCUUGGUGUGGCCUCAGGUUCCAGGGAGUUGUAGAGUCUGCUUAAAACCUGCUCCUCAAUUCUGAGGUGGUGUUGAGGAAGGGUAAAACGAUAUACUUCUGACGGUUUUUCAGUUUGAAUUGUUCCCUUUGUAACUUUUUAAACUUCUCGAAUUGGGGAAGAGGUCUAGUAAGGGAUAGAAUCCUGACCCAAAUUUAGGUCUUUCAUCCGCUUGUGUUUCUUUAGCUCUGACUUUGGUGAAGUUUAUCCUGUUUUCUUUGGAUUUAUUUUUUCUUGGUGCCUAAAAGAACAAGUUGAGACUAAUUUCUGUUUUGGGGCAAUGUUUUGCCCAGAAGAUGCAGCUUUUAUCCUCGGUCCAGUCUGUGCAUCUCAGGCAGUGAUCCUUAAGAACAUCUCCCGGUGUCUGUCCCUUGUCAGGACCACUGACCAGCUCCAGCUGCAGCCAAAGCCUCCCAGUUGGUGCGUUUGUAUGUAAACGGGUGUCCUGCUGGCGACCUUCAGCAAGUUAAGGUGAAGCCGAACUGGGGAAGGGAGGCAUAAAGAGCUGCUCCUCUGGUGAGACCCAGUGGGGGAUCAGGACAGAUCCUCCUGGGCCGCUGGCCCAGCUCCCUUGUGUGUGUGUGUGAGGGUCUCUGUCCAGUAGGCUCUGGUUCCCCCAGCCCAGGCUAUGCUGUUGUGUUUGCGCUUAAGGGGCUGGAGUGUGUGGUCUUUGUAGAAUUGAGGCACCUGAAAGCCCUUUCGAAGCAGACUUUCCAGAGGUGAGCAGUGUGGAUGGGCAGGGGCCAUACCCCUACACCCUUGGUGAUGCUUGUGCAGCACUCAGGGCCAGUGCCUGCCCCUCCAGAAGUGAAUACCCGAUGUCUACAUUGUGCCCUGUGAAAGCCAGCGAGCCUGAGUCGGCCACCAGGGAGCCCCAGCACAGGGCCCACUUCUGUCAGAAGCCCAGGUCUUGACAACAGCCAGCUUGUACAGAACAGGUCGGUCCUCUGCAGGAUCCAGAUCCAGAUGCCACAACUCCACCCAGAGGCCUUGUUUAGCCCAGCAGGAGUCCACGUGGCCUCCGCAAUGCCUUUCCUCCCUCUUUAGCAAUACGGCUCUGAGCCUGCACAUUUGCUUGUAAAUCAUGCCUGUGUUUUCAGAGUGUACAAUGACGAUUGUACCAAAAACCACUUGUGAGUCCAGAGCUGCUCAGAUGUCCCCGGGGCAGUAGUGUCCCCUCAGCAGCAGUCUCCCUCCAUGGGGUCUCUGCACUCGGUGGUGGGAGUUCAUGAAAGUAUUGAGGAAGUGUUCCUUUGAACACAGUUUGAUCAAAAGUAGGUAGGCUAAGCAGUUUUCUCUUUUGGCUACUAAAUUGUGAUACAUUCUUCAGUAUCUUCUCUCUACUGUGUAUAUGAAUUAACAAGAACCUGCAUCCAAAGCACUGAAGUAGGCUGUGUUUGUAUGUGCGUGUAUAUAUAUAUUUAUAUUUAUUCUUGGUUAAUUAGUACUUCACGAGUCAUUUUGGGUUGCAACAAAAAACCUUUUUAGUUUGCUCUGUCUGUAGAGGCAGAAAUUAUAGAUUAGCAAAUCCCUUGAGAAUAUAUUUUUGGCCUUAGCCUGUGGAACAUUCAUGUGUCAGUCUCCACGUGAUGCUACUCGAACAACUUCUGACAGGCAAAAGGAAGAGGGUACCAGGACUCCAUGUCCUGUUGUGUAAUCAGAGCAUUGUUUACCCUCCUUCCACUUUCCAGUUUAACAUGAAAACAAGAGGCAAGAGAUUAGGAAUUACUUCUGCGUCUCGAUUUAGGAAAGCAGGGGCAGAAGUUUUCUUUCAGUCCUCUUCUUGGUAAGUUAUUAGAGGACAGAGCCUUAAUCCAGUUAUUCUCACUUUACAAAUGUCCGUGAGUGGUACUGGGCGGCUCUAAGAAGGGUGCUAGGAAGAGCCACCGUUAAGACAGGGACCCGGAGAAUGGAGGUGAGCCCAGACGCCCCCUGCAGCACAUUGCCUAUCCCUCCCUGGGCCUGCGGUCUCCCUGGCUCCCAGCACACCUGUGUACACGCCCAUGUGCUCAGAGGUGGCAGGCAUUCCAUGUCAGGGCUGCAGUGGAGAACACCGUUUGCAGAAAACCUCCUCAUGCAAGGCCAGUUGUCUGAUAGAAGUGCAGUGUGUUUUAAGUGAAAAAACCACAUGUAGAUACCUGCAGCUCAAACUAGCUAGCAAUUUUUUUUCUGCGUAUAUUGGUGAAAUCUGGAACCUACUUUCUAAUUGUAUGCUGUACUUAUAUAUAUGUACAUUAAUAUGUAUAUAGAGAAAUGUAAGUUCUUUUGAAUUCGGAAUGUAAAUAUUUCUUGUAAAUUGGGACCCCACCCACUUAUUUUUCCCUUAUCCCUCUUCCCUUUACUCCUAUUUAUUCUUUUCUUGACUUCUCAUAUGGGGUAUUUCACUACUUUUUUUUUCCUGCUUAGGAAAGUAUGGGGAACUUAGUUGAAUUUGUUCUUAGCUCUCAGUUUCACAUCUUUGCUGUACAGUACCUGUCUGUUCCAAUAUGCUUGAUUAUGCACUGCAUUUUUAUCACGAUCUCGUCUGUGUGCGAGACGUAGUGGAGGAGUGCACUGGAGUGCCCUUUACGUGGUGGGGUGAUGUUCCGUUCUGUUCAUUAUGUUGUUCUCUGGAAGCCACAGUGAGUCUGACAUUUUCCUUCCCUUUUUUUGGUCUCCCAAGACUUCAUGAAGCUCCUGUAACUUCUUCAGUGCAUUUGGGAUCAAACUUAGCUCUUGAGGAAACUUGACUUGCUCCUUCCUUUGCAGUUUUUCAGUCCUGCACCAAAUCUCUCAGGUUGGAUUUUCCGCCUAACGGGGACAUUUUGCAGAUUAGAAACUGAAUCACUUUUCGUAGCCCGCUGCUGCAAAUUCCCUAUGUUAAUUUAAGAAGUUGAGCCUGUACUUUUAACCCACAUAUAACAAUCACAGAUUUAUUUUGCAGCUGAUGCACGUAAUCAGUCUGCUUUGCCUCUAACUUGUUUAAGGGUAUUUAUAGCAGGCUCCCUCCCGGUAGGUGAUGGACAGGUGACAUUGGAGAACACGUAUGCUGUGGGGCCCUGAGCACCCAGGCUGGCUCUGGCGGAGGUCUAGUGGGCGGUUACCACUGAGGGCCGGCCAGUGUAUCCCCUGAGCCCUGCCCUCCUCCCUCUGCUGGGGACUUCUUGGCAGAACCAGCCAGGAAACAGCCUGAGUUGGGGAGUGGCACUCUGAAUGAUCUGUGUUAUCAGUAGGGAGUGGUGGCCAACACCCAGGAGGAAAACAUUGGUUUGUUGUUUGUAGAUUUGGCACCUUUAAAAAAAUAUUUCUGGGGGCUGGGGAUUUAGCUCAGUGGCUCCGGUGCCUGCCUCACAAGUGCAAGGACCCAAGUUUGAUCCCUGGUACCAAAAAAAAAAAAAAAGAAAAAAAUUCUCUAUAAUUUUCCA